CACGAACAAUGGCAGCACCACUUCAGUACUCCCUUCUCCUCCUCCCAUUCCUCUGCCUCUUCCUUGCUCUGGCCUUCUCUUCCGGCGAGGCCGACCCCAAAGUUCCGGCGAUCUUCAUCUUUGGUGACUCCUCUGCCGACGUGGGCAACAGUAAGUAUUUGUCCGGGGGCCAAGAUUAUUACAAUAAUUUCUUACCCUAUGGAAUUGACUACCCUUCAAAGAACGCUCGUCACCCCACUGGAAGGUACAGUAAUGGCUACAAUGGCGCUGACGCCUUGGCACAAAUUAUGGGAUUCAAAGAAAGUCCACCACCUUUCCGCUCUCUCUUGAUUGACAACAACACUUGCGAAAUUGAUAUAACGCAAGCAAUGAAGGGGUUAAAUUUUGCCUCGGGAGGAUCUAGACUUUUAACGGAAAGCAGUGAUGGCGUCAUUUCCAUGACAGAGCAGGUGAAGUGCUUUCGUAAAUUUCGGUCACAGCUCACUACACCUUACCCGCUGCUCUCUGAAUCUCUCUUCCUCAUAAGUAUCGGAGAUAAUGAUAUAGGUGCCUUUCUCAGCGAAACCUACCACAAAAGGAACGACACCGAUUUUAAUAUUUUUAUUGAAACCGCAAGCUUCAUUUCUAAUCUUACUGCCACCUACAGAAAUCAUAUAAUGGAUCUCUAUGAACUUGGUGGGAGGAAGUUCGGUAUUGUUAAUUUUGUACCUGUAGGAUACAUUCCUAGAGCGAAUGUUGUUUCCCGUAAUGAUACAAACGUCCUAAAUAUCCUGCCAUGGUUAUGCAACAUUGCGUUAAAGGUUCUUAUGAAUAAUCUGAGCUCAACAUUGCCAGGGAUGAAAUAUUCUAUUGGAAAUUCCUAUGCUGUUUUCAUGAAGAUAAUUGAUAACCCUGGAGCCUACGGUUUUAAAAAUGUGACAGAUCCAUGUUGUGGAUCUGCUCUAUAUGGUUGCAAUCAAACUGCUACAGUUUGUUCGGAUCGAAGCCAGUACUUAUUUUGGGAUAAUGUACACCCUACAAUGGCAACAGCUGAAGUUUUUGGGAAUUUAGUUUAUGAUGGCUCAACCGAAUUUGCCUCUCCUAUCAACUUCAAAAAAUUAGUUGAAGAUUAUAACGAGUUAACUUCAGUGUAUUAGAAAUGGUUCCUGUAAGGUGAGCUCAUUCUGUGCGCUUCUGGUGC